AUGACCUCGUCCAUGUUAACUCAACACAGGAAGGUGUUAGCGUCACUGCUUCUGUCAAAACCAUUAGAAAAUGGGAACUCAUCAUCUUCAACUACGGAGGAUUCCCCUAUACGCAGAGGAAGGAGAGGAAGGGGGCGUGGGCAGCGGGGUACAGUACGUAGAGGAUCUGGUCGAGCCCUACAGGGAAGAAGAGGGAGAGGGCAAUAUGCAGAGAGGAGAGAUGUUGUGGCCCUUCAAUUAACUCGUGACAGAGUCACUGUAGCAAAGAGGCAUGUCCACAGCUUGAAUCUUGAGCAGUGCAGAGAUAUGCUUGUGCAUAUAGCAUCAAGAUCAGCAAGUCUCAUUCUUGAUAUUGUUGACCAAGUUCAUCCAAGACCAGCUAUACCUCCACAGCCAUCCUUACCCGGAGUACCAUCUUGGUGCACAUGCAGCAGAUGUAGGGAGAUGCCUACCCUAAUGGAGAGAGUCUCUUGCGGAAGAUGCCCAGAGCAGUGCACUACUCUUCUGCCAGAUUUUCAUGUCCUCUGUUUGGAUGAGGCAGUCCUUGCACUGGCGCGCCUCUACCGUGAAGAUGUGUUGGCCCUGCCAACAGACGAGGACUACAACAGGGCAAAUAGGCAUUCGGCAUAUCGUCAGUAUAUUUUAUGGAGUUAUGGAAAACUUGGUUCAGGGAACAGGAAAGUGAUCCCUAGCUGCAUUAUCUGGAGGAUUCGAGACAAGUAUCCGGAAGCAUCUGGACAAUAUACCGGAUUCAUGCCUGCAAGACUCACUUAAUAUACAAACUAAACUCUAAUAU